AUGGAUUUUGACGGCGUUGAGGCGCCGCCGCCGUCCGACGGCCUCGAGCCCGAAGACAUCAAGUUCAUCCGGAGCCUCCGGACGUCGGCGACGGGGCCGUCGAGCGACGGAGAGGCCGGCGAGCGACUCGGAGGCAUCGCGCGGCGUCUGUCGUCGCGGACGGUGAAGAAGCUCGAGGUCGCCAGCGACGAGAUCGAGCUCCAACCAAGCGUCUGGGACUCGGCGCUCUUCCAGUUCGCGUCGGUCUCGGGCCGCGGCGCGUCCGUGUUCACGCUAGUGCUGCUGGUCGUCAUGCGGGUGCGGGUAUCCGUUGACGGACCAGGCCCUCACCGACAUAGAACAGGGGUGCUCGGUGGACACCACUGGCUUCUACCACGGUGCCUUACGCACAAUGCCGUGCACGGACGUCACGGCAGAGGGCGACGCGUACGACGCCGUCGCGCUCGACGUCAUGAAUAUGACGCGGUGGACCGCCUUCCAGCGCUACCUGGACCACAAGGCGCGCGACUCCGAGUCCAUGCCGGUCGACCUGCGGAGACAGGUAAAUGUCUACGUCGGCUACCUCAAGACGUACGGGUGCCGCUACCUCCGCGACCCUAGCGUCUGGCACGACCUCAACUCGACGGAGGACGCGUUCCGCGCCGACGCGAGGAACGGGUCGAAGGCCAUGCCGCCGUACCUGAGUGGUCGCAACCUGUGCGUGAGGGGGCGCGGCGGCCACAAGCCGUUGUCCCUUUUUUGUCCGCAAGCGUGCGGCUGUCACCGCGGCGACCGCGAUUGCUCGCUCCGAUGCCCGGAGCGCGAACCGGCGACGCCUACAUGCCCCGCGCACCAGGAGGCCAUAUGGGUGCGGGAAGGGCGUCGCCCGGGCCACUGCCCGCGCUUGCCUCGCUCGCAGCUCCUUGACGUGGGUGUGGACCACGGCGGUAUGAUGGGAGAGAUGCCCUAAGGAUCACACACA